CGUGAUUGCGAGCAGUGUUCAAAGUGUGGUGCCUGCAAAAAGUUUAUUGGUUAACAAGAAAUUAUUGAAAUUGUUAGUUUAUGUCUUUAGUAGAAGUUUAUAAACGACAAGAUAAUCUAACAAUCUAAAAAUUGCAAUUUGUAGAAAAAUAAUUCAGUAACAAUGAUUUAUAAACAAAUUAUGAAGUUUAUCUUCAUAAUCGGCAUUCCUGUUUGUUGGGCUAGAUUAUCAAUACAACCUAACAACUUGAUCUUUCUCGAAUUUCCAACUUACGAGUAUACAGAUUUAUACCAAUGCAAUAACGAUAUGAUUGUUUUAAACUUUUCCAAGACAGGGAUCAUUGAUAUUAGCCCCGAUUUCAUCAGUAGCCCUUUAAUAACCUGUCUGAAUCUCAUAAAUAGGAAUAUUAAAGACAUCGCAAAUAAUAGUUUCAGAAGCCUUCCAAAUCUAACAUAUUUAUUUCUUUCGAACAAUUCUUUAAACAGUUCAAAUGAGAUCUACAGUUUUGGAGAUCAUGAAGAGUUGAAUGUUCUCAUUCUAAACAACGUAACGGACAACAAAAAAUCGAUAAUUGGAAAUUUUGGAAAUUAUCCUAACUUGGAAAUCUUGUUAGCCCGUAACAACACAUUUUACGAUCUACAGUCAGAAACAUUUUCUGAUUCUGAUGCGUCUCCAACACGAAAAAUUCCAUUUCCUAAAUUAAAAUUCCUGGAUCUCUCGGAAAACUAUAUAGGAUAUAAAGGAAAUAUAGGAUUUAUGAAAUUAUUGUCAAAUAAUUUACAAUUUCUUGACUUGCACGAUAAUAAGCUUAAUUCUUUAUUCUUGUAUGAAAAAGGAAGCAAUUUACUUGCACUGAACAUAGACAAUAAUUAUUUUCAAAGUGUGAAGUACAAAGCGAAUUAUAAUUUAAGCUUGGAAUUGGCUUAUCUGAAAAAUCUCCGAUAUCUUUCCGUCUCUGGGAAUAAAAUACAAGCUAUCGAUUUAAACGCUUUUGAAGACAAUGACAAAUUGACUUAUCUGAAUCUAUCCAAGAAUAAUAUUAGCGGUCUGCAUCCAGACACGUUUGCAAACUUGCAUGCUUUGCAAGUGCUUGAUUUAAGUUUCAACCAGCUCGAUUAUAUUCUGCAAAUCUCAAAUCAAAUAAACAUCAACGUUUUAAAUUUGAGUUGCAACAAAAUACAGAGAAUAAUCUCGAAUACUUUUAUACAAACACCGAAAUUGACGAAGCUGUUAUUAGGGGGAAAUCAAAUUUAUCAAAUCGAUGCUAAAGCGUUUGCUUAUCUUUCUGUUCUGGAGAUACUAGAUCUGUCGAAUAAUAAAUUUAAUUCUUUACCAGAAGGAUGGACUGAAUUUUUGGUAUCUCUAAAAUAUUUGGAUUUAAGUGAUAACAUGUUUACUUUGCUGGAAUCUUUGUCCCUAACAAAUGCGUUGCCAUUAAUAGAAGUGUAUCUAGUAAGAAAUCCGUUGGAGUAUACGAAUAUUAGAUAUGCUGAAAAUUUGCCACAGAAUCUUACUGUGAAUCUGAUACAAAAAUCAAGUUUUGCCUGCAAGUGCAUUGCUUAAGUCUUACGUAUAAUUAGAAGAUUGUGAAUUCUUUUCAACAUAUUAUAAAAAUAAAAUAAUACAUAUUAUAUUUAUCUGUAUAAUUAUUAUGUUAUUAAA